UACACAAUCCAUGAAAACAAAGAGAGACACAGAGACAGAGAGAAGGUGAUUGUGUUGACUUGCUGUGACAUUGUCUUCUCCGAUGGCUUUCUGCACCAACAUUCUCCGUCUUCCUACUGCUCGAAACGACAUCGUUUUGCCGGAAAGUGUUACCAGAACACCGUGCCGGAAACUGUUCUCCGUCGUGCGAUGCUCCUCCGCCGAUCCCGAUUUUGAUGCCAAGGUGUUCCGGAAGAAUCUCACCAGGAGUGCCAAUUAUAAUCGCAAAGGGUUUGGUCACAAGGAGGAGACUCUCAAGCUCAUGAAUCGCGAGUACACUAGUGACAUUAUUAAGACUUUGAAGGAAAAUGGGUAUGAGUAUACAUGGGGUAAUGUCACUGUGAUGCUGGCUGAAGCAUAUGGCUUCUGUUGGGGAGUUGAGAGGGCUGUUCAGAUUGCUUAUGAGGCGAGAAAACAGUUUCCUGAUGAGAAGAUAUGGCUUACCAAUGAAAUCAUCCACAACCCAACUGUUAAUAAGCGGCUCGAGGAUAUGCAAGUGCAGAAUAUUCCUUUGGAGGAUGGGAAAAAACAAUUUGAUGUUGUCAACAAGGGUGACGUGGUCAUGUUUCCUGCUUUUGGAGCAGGAGUGGAUGAGAUGUUGACAUUGAGCGAGAAAAAUGUUCAAAUCGUUGAUACUACUUGCCCCUGGGUUUCAAAGGUAUGGAACACUGUUGAGAAGCACAAGAAAGGAGAUUAUACCUCGAUUAUUCAUGGUAAAUAUGCCCAUGAGGAAACCAUAGCAACUGCAUCUUUUGCUGCAAAGUAUAUUAUUGUGAAGAAUAUGGCAGAGGCUGAAUAUGUUUGCGACUAUAUUCUUGGCGGUGAACUAAAUGGAUCCAGUUCAACCAAAGAAGCAUUACUAGAGAAAUUUAAGUUUGCAGUUUCUAAAGGCUUUGAUCCAGACACUGACCUGGUAAAACUAGGCAUUGCAAAUCAGACAACAAUGCUCAAGGGAGAGACUGAAGAUAUAGGUAAACUGGUGGAAAGGACGAUGAUGCGCAAAUUUGGUGUGGAAAACGUCAAUGAGCACUUUAUAAGCUUCAACACAAUUUGUGAUGCUACUCAGGAGAGACAAGAUGCUAUGUACAAGCUGGUUGAGAGAGAUAUGGAUCUUAUGUUAGUAGUUGGUGGCUGGAACUCGAGCAACACAUCGCACCUGCAAGAGAUAGCUGAGGAACGCAGAAUUCCUUCUUACUGGAUUGACACUGAGCAGAGAAUUGGUCCAGGAAACAGAAUAGCAUACAAGUUAAUGCAUGGUGAGCUGGUGGAGAAAGAAAACUUUCUGCCACAGGGUCCAAUAACUAUUGGUAUAACAUCUGGUGCAUCAACACCAGACAAGGUUGUUGAAGACGUGCUUAUCAAGGUGUUUGACUUGAAACGGGAAGAAGCAUUGCAGCUCGCUUAAAGUAGGUCUGAGCAUACAUACUUGUUAAUGUAAAAUGAUACUCAGGACUUGAACUGAAGGACUUAUUACAGUUCAAAUUGUAGAAUUUAUUAAAUGACAAAGCAUAAUGUUGAAUAAAGUUAUUAUAAUUUUUUUGCUA